AGCUCGCCGCCGCUCGCCGUCUUCGAGGCCGGUGGCCGUCGACCUCCUUGCCGCAAUGCCUUCCUGGAACGACGAGGAAACCAGCUCGGAGGAGGAGUGCGAGGUUGUCAGCAUGGACAUGGGACUUAUGGAGGAACCAGACACCACUGUGGAGCCCCUUUUCUGUGGCCAACUUGAGCUUGCUCAUCCCAAGUGCAUUCUGCACCAACUGAGGCCUAUUAAGCGUGUUGCUUUUGAAGGGCCUGUAACAGGAAGGCGUUUCUAUGGCUGCCCAGUCCAGGAAAAUGGUGUGAAUUGUGGUGUUGUAGAGUGGGUUGAUGGGCCUUGGCCAACUGUUCUUCAGAGAUGUUUGUGCAAACUAUGGGAGAUGUUCCAUGAGCAGAACUUUGGAAGGGUACAGGACAAGGAGAAGUUUGAGAAGGAGUUGGCCAGGCUUAAGAGUGAACAUGAAAGGGAGUUGACCAAGCUUAGGACUGAAAAUGACAAGCUUUGCAUUGAGUACACCAAGCUUAUUGAUGAUGUAUCCAAGAUGUUUGAUUGGCAGGAUGGUAGGGUGGACAAGAAGGUGUACCAGAAACAAGUGGAGGAGGAAGAACUUGAGAAGAAGAAGAAGGAGCUAGAGGAGAAAGCUAUGUUGGAGGUGCAGAUGGAAAAGCUCAAACUUGCAAAAGAGCAGAGGUGUAUUUUGCAGAGCCAAGCUGAUAUCAUCAAGAACACCAGGAAGGCUAUGAAGGCUGUUGAAGUUGACAGAGAUGUUCUUAAGAAGGAGAAGGCAAAGCUUGAGCUUGUUGUUGCUGAGCUACUGAAAGAAGGGUAUGGCAGCAAGGAGAAGUUAGAGCAAAUCAAGGCCAUCCUUGAGUCUUGAACUUGUUGUGAUAUGUUGGUGAAGUAAGUACAUCCAAAGGCCUUUAUAUAAGGAUGUGGCCUGACAUGACUGCAAGUGAUUAUGAGUGUACAUUUUGGGGGAAUGUGAAGUUUAACCUAGUGCAAGAACCUUAUUUCCUAUGUUGUUAAGUUGUAAUGGAUCACCUAUGGUAUUAAGUGUUGUAAUGGAUCUCCUAUGCUAUUAAGUAGUGGAAAUGGAUCUCUUAUGCUACUAAGUUGUGGAAAUGUAGAAUGUAUGCUAUUAAGUGUUCAACUUGAUCUUAUAUCUUUUAUAUGUUAUUUGUUAGCCUACUAAUAUUA